GUUCUGGUCUUCGAGAGAGGGCGUGGGUUCAAAUCCCACUUCUGACAUUAUUUUGCGUCAUUAUUUUUCGUCUAAUAAUUCGAUUGGCUAACCAAACCGGAAAACGUCCGUUUAUCCAAAAAAUUCGAACCAAACCGACCCAAAAUUGAUUUUUUGUACGUCGUCGUCGUCGUCGUCUUCGCCGACCGCCGAUCAAUUUGGAUUAGAGGUCGUCUCUAUCAUCAGCAUCUCCCAGAAGAAUGGCGAGUAGUAGAGAUAGCGUUAAUCUCUCGCGCACCUUCAAGUACUUACUAGCUACGCAGUUUCUUUCCAGAGGCAUCCCUUUCAUUUUCAAUUCCUGGAUCGUUAGGCGUCUCACCGAAGCAGACUAUGCGCUCUACGCGGUCCAGUUCCAUCUCUUUGUUACAUGUGUCUUGUUUCUUAGCCGGGAGGGGUUCAGGCGCGCUUGCUUGCGUGCUGACAUCAACAGUGAUGGUCUUGUAUCAGAGAAGGACGUGGCCAGAUUAUUGAAAGUGGCGUGGGUGACGUUGCCACUCGGAAUAGCCGUUACCAUUGCAGCAUGCGUCUUUGUGUUAUGGUGGCAGAGCCUUAGUUUCUCGGACACAUAUGCACAGGCUAUCUUGAUUCACGGGGCUGCGUGUGUGCUGGAGCUUAUGGCUGAGCCUUUGUAUAUACUCUCUCAGACGUUGAUGCUUCUGAAACUGCGACUGGUUGUUGAGACUGUUGCUACGUUUUCACGCUGUGUGACUUUGUGCUUUCUCAUAGUCAAGCAAACCAACAUGGAGAAAGGGAUAAUCUUUGCACUUUCACAAGUUGCGUACGGAGGUUCCUUAUUUCUUGGGUACUGGGCUUAUUUUCUCAUGCGUGGCGUUUUCAGAAGCUUGAAUCUCUUUCCUUUCAGACCUGGGAGCUUCAUGGAUUUCGAUAAGCAGCUCUCAAGCAUGUGUAUGCUGUUUACUUUGCAGUCUUUCCGAAAGUUGAUCCUUCAAGAAGGUGAAAAGUUGGUCCUUGUAUGGUUAGAUACACCUUAUAACCAAGCUGUUUAUGGGAUAGUCGACAAACUAGGAAGUUUAGUAGUACGCAUGGUGUUUCUCCCUUUUGAAGAAAGUUCAUACACUACAUUUGCCAGGUUCGCAUCAGGUGAUGAUUACCAGCAAAAGAAGAAGAAACUUGGAACUUGCUUGACCGAGGCCUUGAAGCUUGUAAUGUUAAUAGGUCUUAUAUUUAUGGCAUUUGGUCCAAGCUAUUCAUACUCUCUCAUCAGAUUGUUGUACGGUGAAAAAUGGAGCGAUGGAGAAGCUUCCUUUGCGCUACAGUUUUAUUGUCUCUACAUCAUCGUCCUGGCCAUGAAUGGAACCUCCGAAGCAUUUUUACAUGCAGUUGGAACAGAGGAUCAACUGAAGCGGUCAAACGACAUGCUGCUUGUAUUCUCACUGGUUUACAUCGUAUUAAACAUACUGCUGAUAAGAUCUGCAGGAGCAAUAGGCUUAAUCUUGGCGAAUUCCUUGAAUAUGAUUGGAAGGAUUAUCUAUUCAGGACGUUUCAUCCAGCGCUACUUCAAGGGCGGUGCUUCUUCUUCACCAUUCUCGUUCAGAAAGUGUUUUCCUUCAGGUUGGCAAAUUCUCAUACUCUCUGGCAUAAUCACUAUCAUCUCAGAGAAAGCCAUUCUCGACCAUAAGAACUUCUGGGCAACGUUUCCUCCCCAUUUCGCCAUCGGUUUCCUCUGCUUUUGUCUCUCAGCCGUUGUCAUAUACCGGCGUGAGAGAGCGUUCAUCAAUAGAAUCAUACGUUUCAGGAAUCAUGAUGACUGACAUCAACCAAGAAACUGGUGCUUUAAAUCCUGCAAAGUGAAAGCUUUUGAAUUACUGAAUAGGCGUUUUGUCUAAUUAUAAUUUUUUUUGUUUCUAAUCCUAUUUAUAGAAACUUUCCUCUUUGUCAGUACCUACAUAGUGAGAGAGUGACAGUUUUUCCACUGUGCAUUUGAGACCGUUAAGUACAUUAAAUCUAAACAGUUUCAAAAGAAAGCUAUCCAAAAAAAAACCGAAUCUUUAUUGUAGAGAGAGACAAAAGAAAAUAAUAAUAAUAAAAAUAAACCAAAAAUCACAAAUUUUCUCAGUGAUUGCAAGUUUCUCAGACCUUCAAAGUUUCCAUUUUUAUUGCAUAAAUCCGUUAAACCGUUUCAGAAACAAAGAGAAAAGAGAAAAACUUUUCGUUUAAAGAAGACGACCUUUGACGAGCGGUUGGGUUUCUCGAACUGUGGCAGGAGAAUGUGAUGUCGUUUACAGGGAAGGAGAGUAGUCCAGUUACUCCAUUGAAGAAGCGACGAGCUAGCUGGUCUGAGCUUUGGCUCAACCACCACAACCACCACUCACUCGAUUUCUCCUCAAAGCUCCAACCUUUGACCCCUCCAAUCCCCAAAUCCAAAACCCUAUUCCUCCCCGACCUCACCCUCCUCUUACCCGACCUCACUCUCCUCUCCAUCAUCACCAAAGUCCCUUCACCCCACCGAAAGACUCUCUCUUUGGUCUGCAAACGAUGGCUCAGACUCCACGGCGGCCUCGUGCGGUUCCUUAAGGUCUCCGAUUGGGAGUUCCUCGCGUCUGGUCGGCUUGUCUGGAGGUUUCCUAAUCUAGACAGCGUUGAUUUAGUUAGCGCGUGUUUUGUCUCCCCAGGUGUUUUAGUUAGAGGGUCUUACCAGAGUCUGAGCUUCUUUGAGGAGAGUCUCUUGUCCGUUGAAACGGUUGAUGAAGGGCUGAGAACGCUCGCAUCCGCCUGCUCAAACCUCCGGAGACUCGCGGUGGCGAACUCUAGCGAGCUGGGUUUGCUGAGUGUUGCCGAAGCGUGUUGCACGUUGCAAGAGCUCGAGCUGCAUAAGUGUUCAGACACUGUUCUGCUUGGAGUUGGUGCGUUUGAGAAUCUCCAGAUCUUGAGAUUGGUGGUUGGGGACGUGGACGGUUUGAUGUUGGUUUCGGAUAUUGGUCUUAUGAUUCUUGCUCAAGGGUGCAAGAGGCUGGUGAGGCUUGAGCUCGUUGGGUGCGGAGGAGGGUUCAACGGGGUUAAAGAGAUAGGAGAGUGUUGUCAGAUGCUUGAGGAGCUUACGGUUUGUGAUCAUAAGAUGGAGCCGGGCUGGCUCGCGGGGAUUGGGUAUUGUGAGAAUCUCAAGACGCUGAGACUCGUGUCUUGUAAAAAGAUUGAUCUUGGUCUUGGUUUAGGUGAGGGUUUGAGUAGGUCUUGUCCUGCGUUAGAGAGGUUGCACUUGGAGAAGUGUCAGUUAAGAGAUAAGGAUACGGUGAAGGCUUUGUUUAAGGUGUGUGAAGCGGCGAGAGAGAUUGUUUUCAAAGACUGUUGGGGGUUGGAUAAUGAUGUCUUCAGCUUAGCAAUGGCCUUUGGGUACUUAAAGACUCACUUUUGUCCAUUAUAUGUUUAGAAAAGUUUGAACCUUUAUGAGUGUCUUUUUACAGGAGAGUGAAGCUUUUGUAUGUAGAAGGGUGCUCGCUGCUAACAACAUCAGGUCUAGAGUCGGUGAUUCUACAGUGGCACGAGCUCGAGCAUCUGAAAGUGGUUUCUUGCAAGAACGUAAAAGAUUCAGAGAUAUCUCCGUUGAUGUCAGCUUUGUUCUCGGACUUGGUAGAGUUGCAGUGGAGACCAGACACCAGAUCGCAUCUCUUUUCAAGCCUUGCAGGUGCUGGUAUUGGGGGAAAAGGCGCAAAGUUUUUCAAGAAAACAUAGAAAGUAGUAGUUGUUGUAUUACGAAUAGCUGAAACUAGCUAGUUAGCUCACUACAGUUCUUUUUGAAACUUUAUUUUAGGUUCUUGUUUUUUUUGUUUCUUUCUUCCUUGUUUGAACAAAGUUGUAGCAGUUUAUAAUCAGAGAUUCAUGAACUCGUGUUUUUACCUUACUUUUCAUUUGAAAAGAGUUUCCCUUUGUUUGA